ACCUGGACCUUAUAGCCGAGUACAUGCAGAAACACAAGGAGACGGAGGAGGAGGAGAAGAAGGAGGGCAAGAGGAAAGGUGUCAGGGAGGAAGAGAAACGGAGAGGAAGAGGAGUCAAACGUCACCGCUGUCAGCAGUGUGAUGAAUCCUUCACAACAUCAAGAUAUUUAAAGAUUCAUCAGAGAGUUCACACUGGAGAGAAACUGUACAGCUGUGAUCAAUGUGGGGCAGCUUUCACGCUACAGACUACCCUAAAAACACAUCGACGCAUUCACACUGGAGAGAAACCUUACAGCUGUGAACAAUGUGGGGAAACUUUUUCUCGUGGUGAUGCCCUUAAAUCUCACCAGCGCAUUCACACUGGAGAGAAGCCGUACAGCUGUGAUCAAUGUGGGGAAACCUUUUCUCAUAGUGGUAACCUCAAAACUCACCAGCGCAUUCACACUGGAGAGAAGCCGUACAGCUGUGAACAAUGUGGGGAAACCUUUUCUCAGAGUAGUUACCUUAAAAAACACCAGCGCAUUCACACUGGACAGAAGCCGUACUGGUGUGAACAAUGUGGGGAAACCUUUUCUCGUAGUGAUAGCCUUAAAACUCACCAGCGCACUCACUUUGGAGAGAAGCCGUACUGGUGUGAACAAUGUGGGGAAACCUUUUCUCGUAGUGGUAACCUUAAAAGACACCAGCGCAUUCACACUGGAGAGAAGCCGUACUGGUGUGAACAAUGCGGAAAAACGUUUUCUCAGAGCAGUCACCUUAAAUCUCACCAGCGCAUU